CGCCGGUACAAGCAAGAAGACUGCAAAUGGUAACGAGCAAAGCGACGACGAAGUUUAUUGCCUGUGCAAACGACCCUACAACGAGUAUGAUGGACAAGAGAUGAUACAAUGUGAUGGCUGCGGCGGAUGGUAUCAUCCCGAAUGCGUAGGACUCGAUUCGAAAUUGGUGCCUUUGGUCGGUUUUUAUAGCUGUCCAGAAUGCGACAAAGAUCCGAGUAUAUCAUGGUCUACGACCUUCCUUGAGAAGUGUUUGAGAUCCGCGUGUCUCUUACCCAGAAAAGAGCCACUUUCAAAGUAUUGCUCUGACGCCUGCGGUGUUCAUCAUAUGAUUCUCACCAUGGAGGAACGACAAGUCGAAGACGACCAAAUCAUGCAGUACGUAAAGGACGCUCGUCAACCUGAAGCUUACAUCCAGGACCACACAACACAUACACAAGGGGAACGAAUCGGGUGCGCUUCGGCUGCCAAAUCCAGACAAGAUGCGCAGCUACGGGAAGACCAGCAAAUACUUCUGGAGAGACGCGACUUGCUUGCGGAACGAUUGCGGCUUGCGGAACACAAGAUAGGACUACUCGAUGCUGCAAUAAAGGCAGCCGAGGCCUUGCCUGAUCUGGAGAUCUUACCGGAAGAUACCGCGGACGCACCGAAGAAGAAAGGGAAGAAGCCUUCCAAGGCGAAGCCUGGGCCGUCUGCAGAGGAUCGUCGGCCUUGCGGCUUCGACGAGAGUUUACUCGUAGAUGGCAUGGAGGCAGCAGAUAACGACAGGACAGACGCGCCGGGAUCUGACGUACAACUGCAAUCAGUCUGCGUUCAGCCCAAGCGGAAAUGCGCCAGACACACAGGCUGGCAGAAAGUGCGUAGCGUCGCGCUGGAGAUGGAACAAACCUCACUGCGAGAGGAGGCGAUGCGUCUUGCAGGUAGGAUUCGAACUUAACGAUCGUAACGACAACCAUUCGGAUUUGAACGCGCCUUGUACAGUAUGUAUUUCGUGACAAUGAUCGUCUUUGAGCCUUGUACACUUUGUAAAGUAUUAUUGUACAAGUAUACAAAGUAGUGCUUGAGUUUGUGAGCAAUUACUGGUUUUCUGUAAUCUGAUCCAUCAUGACAGCCUUGGCCC